CGCUCCCGUGGCUUCAAUUUUGGUGGGUGUCGUCGAUCGAUUGGUCAUUAUAUUGUGCCCUUCACGCUGUGCGUGUAGGAAGAGGUAGUGAUAGUGGUGGCGAGAGGGAGGGGGGGUUAAACCCGGAUAUUUCUGGUUUUGCCCGCUACUUUGUAUAUUUCGUGUUAGCAUUUCUUCGUAUUUUGUAACCACGUUUUACAAGAAGCACUCCCCUCAUCCGUUUUUCUGAGUGUGGGGAUAAAAAUUCACCGUACACCCCCACCCCUCCUCCUCCCCCGUCCCGCUGGUGGUCUUACCCCCUCAAAAAAAAUUCAUCAUCUUAUGUCGGAGGCGCGCACACACAGUGAGGGGGAAAGGAAAACACCCUAAUGAAGCGCGGAUGUGGAAUUUGUGCUGUCUCUGUCAAAUUUGGAUAUCAUCGUCGGCACAUCAAUGCCUGCUGUUGUUGCUGUUGUACACGGUGGGACGGACGGAUGAUGCCUUGUGGAUCCGCGGGAUGAUGUCAUGUACCGUUGCACCCCACGUGGGGGCCGUCGCUCUCCGAUAGGCAGAUGUGGCCGUAUUCCUUCCGAGUAAUGCGAUUGGACAGAUAGGCGCUUUCACGGCAGUUCAGCCCUGCUGCCUGUGUGUGGCAACCGGGGUAAGCUGGACAACUGGGGGAAACGCGAGAUUGUGGAGAGUACCAUGUUACGUUUUUAAAGAAUCUCCAACCUCUUCGAGUCGGAAGACAGAUUUUGGAAGCAUAUUUAUUUAUUUUUUUCUUCUUCUUCUUCUUCUUUGUGGGAUUAACCAGCCGCAGAAGGCGCACAUUCCUCGGAGGUUCGCGGUUGAAGAAUAAAGUAUAGUUUAAUCGAGCCCGACCGCACUAAAAAAUUUUCUCCCAGCCCGGCUGGGUGCGUUCUGGAGAGAGCGAGGGAGAGAGGAUGCUUGACGAAAACUGCGUCCACCAGGCUUACAUUAGGAGGGAUUAAACGCAUGAAUUAUAGCCUGCUCAGUAUUUUCUUCGGGAGCAGAAGUCGGACGGACGCUUCGGACUCACGCACGGAACGAAACGGAUCUGAGCAUUAAAAUUGCACGGCGGAUAAGUGGCUUCUCCAACCUCGUCUACGUGUUGGCAUCAUGUUAAACUGCACGUUGAGAUUUGUUAGGAUAUCGAGUCUGACCACUGACCGAAUAAGGUCAUCAAGAAGACAGAAGCGCUCGACUGUUGUGCUGCUUCCCUGACUCGGCUCGAACUGCUGCGGUAACUGGGACUAGUGUGCUGUGGUGACUACUUACUUAUUGGAUUUUCACGACCUCCCUCCCCCCCCUCUCCUCAUCCCCUGCCUCCCCCCUCCCUCACUCCCCUCGGCCCUGUCUGCUGAGACUGGUGUGGCUGUGAGCAAAUUUCACCCGUUUUGCCAAAGGACCUGUACACUGGAGGGAUAAACAAAGGAUACAUUUCAAGAUGUAUCCACAAGGCCGACAUCCGGCUCCACAUCAGCCUGGCCAGCCUGGCUUCAAAUUCACCGUAGCAGAGUCUUGUGACAGGAUUAAAGAUGAAUUUCAAUUCCUCCAAGCCCAGUAUCACAGUCUUAAGGUGGAGUAUGACAAACUGGCCAAUGAGAAGACAGAGAUGCAGCGCCACUAUGUCAUGUAUUACGAGAUGUCCUACGGGCUGAACAUUGAGAUGCACAAGCAGACGGAGAUUGCCAAACGGCUCAACGCAAUUUUAGCUCAAAUUAUGCCUUUCCUGUCACAAGAGCACCAACAGCAGGUUGCUCAGGCAGUAGAGAGGGCUAAGCAGGUGACUAUGACUGAGCUGAAUGCCAUCAUCGGGGUACGUGGACUUCCCAAUCUGCCUCUCACCCAGCAGCAGCUCCAGGCACAGCACCUCUCCCAUGCUGCCCAUGGGCCUCCAGUCCAGUUGCCGCCUCACCCCUCGGGCCUGCAGCCCCCUGGCAUCCCCCCUGUGACGGGCUCCGGAUCAGGGCUGCUGGCGCUAGGAGCUCUAGGGAGCCAAGCCCACCUCCCAGUAAAGGAUGAAAAGAACCACCAUGAUCUCGAACACCGAGAGAGCACGAAUAACUCAAUAUCCCCAUCAGAAAGCUUACGCACAGCCAGUGAGAAGCAUCGCAGCUCCUCAGACUACAGCUUGGAUUCUAAGAAACGCAAAGUGGAGGAGAAGGACAGCAUGAGUAGAUAUGACAGUGACGGAGAGAAAAGCGACGACUUGGUGGUCGAUGUGUCCAAUGAGGAUCCUGCCACUCCAAGGGCAAGCCCAGCCCACUCACCACCUGAAAAUGGUAUUGACAAGCCCCGCCCCCCAAAGAAAGACACACCCAACAGCCCCGCAUCAGUGGCGUCAUCUGGAAGCACCCCUUCCUCCAAGGCUAAGGAGCUCAGUCAUAAUGACAAAUCCUCCACGCCUGGUCUCAAAUCCAACACCCCCACCCCCCGAAACGAUGCCCCCACCCCUGGCACGAGCUCGACUCCUGGGCUCAGACCCAUCCUGGGCAAGCCACCAGGCAUGGAAGCUCUCGCAGCCCCAGCUUUGCGCACACCUCUAUCCAUUGCAGGGUCCUAUCCUACCCCCUUUGCUAUGAUGGGCCAUCAUGAAAUGAACGGAGGCCUGACUAGCCCUGGGGUGUAUGCUGGUCUGCACAUCUCCCCUCAGAUGAGCGCUGCAGCAGCAGCAGCCUAUGGACGCACUCCCAUGGGGUUUGAUCCUCACACCCACAUGAGAGCCCCGGGCCUCCCAGCCAGCCUCACAUCUAUUUCUGGCGGAAAACCAGCGUACUCCUUCCAUGUCAGCGCAGAUGGUCAAAUGCAGCCUGUGCCCUUCCCACCCGACGCCCUCAUUGGUCCCGGUAUUCCACGCCACGCCCGUCAGAUCAACACACUGAGCCAUGGUGAGGUGGUCUGUGCUGUCACCAUUAGCAACCCCACACGUCACGUUUACACUGGUGGCAAAGGCUGUGUCAAAAUCUGGGACAUGAGCCAACCAGGCAGCAAGAGCCCCGUGUCCCAGCUGGACUGUUUGAACAGGGAUAACUACAUCCGCUCCUGUAAGCUACUGCCUGAUGGUCGCACAUUGAUUGUUGGAGGCGAGGCCAGCACACUGACCAUCUGGGAUCUGGCCUCCCAGACACCGCGGAUCAAAGCUGAGCUCACCUCCUCAGCCCCGGCGUGCUACGCCUUGGCCAUCAGCCCUGAUGCCAAAGUCUGCUUCUCGUGCUGCAGUGAUGGAAACAUUGCCGUUUGGGACCUGCAUAACCAGACUCUCGUUAGGCAGUUUCAAGGUCAUACGGAUGGUGCUAGCUGUAUUGACAUAUCCCAUGAUGGCACUAAGCUGUGGACAGGUGGUCUCGAUAACACUGUUCGCUCCUGGGAUUUGAGAGAGGGUCGACAGCUGCAGCAGCACGACUUCACUUCACAGAUCUUUUCUUUGGGCUACUGUCCGACUGGCGAGUGGCUUGCUGUGGGAAUGGAGAGCAGCAACGUGGAAGUGCUCCACCAUUCAAAGCCUGACAAGUAUCAGCUCCACCUGCACGAAAGCUGUGUCCUUUCCCUCAAGUUUGCCUACUGCGGUAAAUGGUUCGUAAGCACCGGGAAGGACAAUCUGUUGAAUGCUUGGAGGACUCCUUAUGGCGCCAGCAUAUUCCAGUCCAAGGAGUCCUCAUCUGUCCUGAGCUGUGACAUUUCUGCAGACGACAAGUACAUCGUGACAGGCUCUGGUGACAAGAAGGCCACUGUGUAUGAAGUGAUCUAUUAGAAGAGACUGCUUUGGAUCGGAGCAUGCUCAGGAACAGUAGACACUUCCUCCAUCCUCCUUCCCUCACACAGACAGCAUGGAUGUUGCCUGCAGCUCCAAGGUGGAUGGGCAGGAAGUUUGGCAGUGCCAGACGAAAAUGGAUGGUGGUGUUAUUGUGGCACUGGAUGCUGUGUCCUUCGGCUCUGCCCUUCCUCACUCAUACAACUAACACUUGUACAGCGAGUGCAGUUUCCCAAGGCACCGAGAAGAAAAUAAUGUCUUGCUGUUUCUGUUUGUUGGAUAUUUCUUUUUUUAUUCGUCCUUUUUAAUGUGGAGAUAAAGUUCCAUGACACAAGUAGAAGCGGCGCUUCGCUCUGGAGCUUCUCCUUGGAGGUCCUGUGAAAAGUGUACAUAAUGGAGUAAUAAAAGGCCUUUUAUAGAUUUAUAUUUUGGUGUCCAGUUACGCUUGUGAUGGUUCUUUCUUGUUCUCUCCGUGAUUUUCUGUCCCCUCCGGGGAUGGAAAUUAGAUUAGGACUUUGUAAGAGGAUAUUCUAUUUCAGUUUUUUCCCCCUCCUCGGCUUUUUUUUUUUUUUUUUUUUCAUGUUCCUUGUCCAAAAUGACCUUUUCGGAAAUCUAAUUUGUAUUUUUUUUUCUCCCUGACAAAGGCUUUUUUUUUCUUCGCUAUUUGCUGUAUCACAGACAUUUGUCCCAUGGAUUUUUGCAGUCGAGAAUUCUGGAAAGGCUUUUUUUUCUGUAGGGAGGAAAAAAAUCAUGGUUUCCAGUUAUGUUUACCCUUUUGACCCUGAUCAGCAGAAUUUCAGCUUUGAAAUGAAGACCUUUCACUGAACCCUGGCUCCUGUCUAUAACAUCAAAAUGGAUUUAUAUCAACUGUCGGAUUGAUGGGUUUUAGAGAGAAGCAGCUGUGACUUGAGCUCACUCUGUUGACUCAACCACUGUAUGAAAACUUUGCUCCACUCUGCAAAGUUUAGCCAUCAGUCUAUUAGAGAUCGUUAUUGCCGCUUGUGUUUGCGAGCCUGUGACUGAUACGCAAGACUUGGUUACUCAUAAAGGACGCAGGCAACGCCAUUACCACGUUCGACAUUUUGGGUGUAUUCUUUGCUUUCUUCAGUAUUUCAUAAUAUUCACUACAAUCUUCUCAUAGACGGGAAUGGUCUCAUCAUAAACACAAGUUAAGACUGUGUAGCAUACAUGUGGCAUCAUCCAUAAGGACUGUACAGCUGACAGUUGUUGAUAAAUCAAUAAACUGUUUUAUAUAAAAUUUA